ACCUCCCCGCUCAGACCGGCACGAGCGAGUUCUACACAUGCGGCAGCGCGAGGCUCCCAUUCAAACUGAGACGCUCCUGAAAACACGGAUCUAUUUCACAUCGACUCUGACGACAGUCUUUUUAUUUUAGUCUUUUAACUCGAGGCAGCUUUUUUUUUUGUUGAAAGGGAUCAAUCUCAUAAUCAGUUUAGGUCAUUAUCCCGCGCGCGCUAACGCCGUAACUCCGCGCUCUCACUAGCUUCCUGUCGAGCACUCGCUAUUCUUCCCGGCACCGACAACUGCAACGUGUGGAUGCACCCCUGCUCAUCUGCAGUUACAGUUGCACAAUGGCUGUCAUGUCACUCUGCUUGAUAGCCCAGCGCCCAAAGAAAAGCAACAGAUCCAGUUUAAUUGCAGGAUAACAAUACGCCCACAUCACAACUGUUUACCUUAGUUGUUGUCUGGCCAGUCCCAGAUAUACCGUUUACAAGUUUGCACUGCUAAAUCUCAGAAAUACCCCGUGUAAGACGGGUGAACCUGAAGAGAAGCAAAUAAUUUAUUUUGACCUGGUACCUCUUUAUUUUACUAGCUGCUGUCUAGAAAUAGCAUUAUAUUAAUAUAUAUUUUUUGACAUUUAUUCCCUUUUAAGAUUGUGAAUCAAUUAUUUAUAAGCCUGCAAUCAUGGUUUCAACAACUGCAAUGUCAAUAAUACUGGCCAGUACUGCAGUCGCGGUAGUUCACACUCCUCUGACUGAGUACAUGUGGCUGCUGAUUGUCGGCUUCAUCAUCGCCUUCGUCUUAGCCUUUUCCGUGGGAGCAAAUGAUGUCGCCAACUCCUUUGGCACAGCUGUCGGCUCUGGAGUGGUCACCUUGCGACAGGCUUGCAUUCUGGCCACAGUGUUCGAGACCCUGGGCUCUGUGCUCCUUGGGGCCAAAGUGAGCGAAACCAUCCGGAAGGGCAUCAUCGACGUGAACAUGUACAAUGGCUCCGAGCAUGUGUUAAUGGCUGGAUCUGUCAGUGCCAUGGUUGGUUCUGCUGUGUGGCAGCUGGCCGCCUCCUUCCUUAAGCUCCCCAUCUCUGGAACACACUGUAUUGUUGGUGCUACUAUUGGCUAUUCACUGGUUGCCAAAGGCCAGCAGGGAGUCAAGUGGUUGGAACUGGUCCGUAUCGUUGCUUCAUGGUUCCUGAGUCCCCUUUUGUCUGGAAUAAUGUCAGGCAUGGUUUUCUACUUUGUGCGCGUGUUCAUCCUACACAAGAAAGACCCUGUACCUAAUGGACUGAAGGCCCUGCCUGUCUUCUAUGCCGUGACUCUGGGAAUCAACGUGUUCUCCAUCAUGUACACUGGAGCUCCGAUGCUGGGAUUGGAAAAAAUCCCUUGGUGGGUCGUCCUGCUCAUCUCAUUGGGCUGCUCUGUGCUCACUGGCCUUGUGGUCUGGUUCAUUGUGUGCCCUCGCCUCAAGAAGAAGAUUGAACGAGAUAUGAAGUCCUCCAGCCCCUCUGAGAGCCCCCUGAUGGAGAAGAGAGAGGUGAGAGAGGCCCAGUGUCCAAUCCUGAAACAGACUGCCAUGGAGACAUCAACGCCUAUCACCCCGGCUGCUAAUCAAGACGUCUCUGCUGAACCCCAAGCUCCCUCUGAGGAGCGCAGGGUGGCGUUUGACAUUGGAGAUUCUGACGAUGUCGACAAUAAGGAACGCAGGGUGGCAUUUGACAUCGGAGAUUCUGAUGACACCGACUACAGCAUUUCAAAUGGGGCCCUUAAACAGGUUCAGGGAAACAGUCAAGUCCAGGUCCACAACCAGCAAACUCAGCACAGCAAUGGUUCAGCGAACGCUGAACGCAAUCAGGCCCAGUUCAACAGGCCAGCACAGUUGCCAAAUAACGGUUACAGCCAUUACCACACGGUCCACAAGGACUCAGGCCUCUACAAGGACCUCCUGCACAAGCUCCACCUGGCCAAAGUCGGCGACUGCAUGGGCGAGGGGAAUGACCGACCAAUCCGGCGCAACAACAGCUACACCUCCUACACUAUGGCCAUCAUCGGCAUGCACGGAGACUUCAAGCAUAAAGAAGCGGACUUCCGUGCCACCGACGAUGGUGACAAGGGCCCAGGGUCGGGCGGACAGGAGAGGAAGCGGAUACGUAUGGACAGUUACACCAGCUACUGCAAUGCUGUGGCCGAGCACACAACACCUGAGGGCCUGGGAGAGGGUGAGGUGACGUUAGAAAUUGGGAAUGAGGAUGCAGGUAGCAGCCAAAGCUCUCUGGAUGAUGACGGCCUGGAGGCCGACAAGCCAGAAGUCUCAACUCUCUUCCAGUUCCUGCAAAUUCUCACUGCCUGCUUCGGAUCCUUCGCCCAUGGAGGAAACGACGUUAGUAAUGCCAUUGGACCAUUGGUAGCUCUGUGGCUGGUUUACCAAACAAGCAGCGUGAAUACAAAUUUAGACACACCCAUUUGGAUCCUGCUGUAUGGAGGCGUGGGCAUCUGCGCUGGACUCUGGGUGUGGGGUCGCCGAGUGAUUCAGACCAUGGGCAAGGACCUCACCCCCAUCACCCCCUCAAGUGGUUUCAGCAUUGAACUGGCCUCAGCUGUGACUGUCGUAGUGGCCUCUAACAUUGGCCUGCCUGUCUCCACGACCCACUGCAAGGUGGGCUCUGUGGUUGCAGUUGGAUGGCUGCGUUCGAGAAAGGCAGUGGACUGGCGUCUGUUCAGAAACAUCUUCGUGGCGUGGUUCGUGACUGUGCCCAUCUCUGGCCUGAUCAGUGCUGCCAUUAUGGCCAUCUUCAUCUACGGGAUCCUGUGAAACAUUCUGCUGCGCCCCAAGCAGGGGAGGAGAAACAGAAUGACGUUGGAAGGUCAGAAUACAUUGCUUACCUCAAGCCAACAACUUUGGAAGAAAAAGGAGAAAAAAAAAAGUGUUGAAAGGACUCGUGAUAUGGGCUUGUGGUUCUCGGCUGCAUCAUUUUCAACCUAGAAUUUGCUCUUCGUUCCAAUUGGCCCACAUUACUUCCAGUGGGAAUCUUGCUUUUUUUUUUUGUUCUGACUUGCUUUUUCAUAUCAUCGAUCUGUAAAGAAUUAUUCUAAAAGCAUCAGCUGACUUCCUUUUUUUUUCUUUUCUAAUACUCAUUCUUCCAUUCUUUUUUUACAUUGAAUUUAUGUAUAUACAAUCAUGCUGUUUUAAUUUUUGUGUUACACGUUAGAAAGAAAUGAACAAUUAAAAUGCAGUAUUAGCCUUUUGCUGAUGUAACUCCCAUCAUAACACAUGUUGAAAGUAAUGUAGAUGCAAAAGGGGUAUGUGUAGGUGGGGGGGGAAAAACGAGGUUAUUGGUGUGUAUGUGUGUUUUCCCAAAUUCAAAGUGUUUGUUGUUAAAUAAUUCAUAUUUUGAAUCUGGGUUUCUUGUAUCCCCAAAAAGGGCAUUGUUUCUCUGCUGUUGUAGAACUAAAUUGAUUUUUACACUAAAUUUCGAAGCUGGUGAAGAAGUUUUCUACCACACUCGCAGCGCUACAGUUGGUCUGUAUGAUAGUUGUCCAAGUAAUUUGCUGUGAUAGAAGCACUAACUGUAAACACUGGAUACCCAGCUGCAGAAUGCUGUCAAAAAUCCUGCAUCAUUCAUGUGAAGAAGUCGACACGCUUCUGUCAGGAAAUGACAAGGCCCUAAUUGUUCCAGUGAAUGGAUGAUCUGCUCUCCACUUCUGAAAUUAGAAUCUCCUGAGGCUCUACAUUCUUGACCGGUGCAGAAAUAACUGCUUGAAAUAUCGUGGUUACUUGAAUUUGAGAAAUGUAACCUCAGAAUGACGACUAAAGCAAAAAUGUGCCGUCAGACAAGACCUCAAGUCUCCUGUGAAAACUUGAUUGCAUUGAUGGUUUAAUGCUUUAGACCUGCUUCAGCCUGGUUUUUCAAGCUCACCUCGCGUCGGCUUCUUCCCAGUUUGGUUUUUCUCUGUGGAUGCUGCACCUGCCCAAGACAAAACUGGGUUGCUCUCGGCCUUCCUCUUUCUCCCCCGGCUUCUUGAAACGCUGAAUUAAAAAUAUUUCAAAGUGGGGGAAGAACAGGAACCUGAAACUGGAAGUAAACUGAGUGAGUGGUGUGGUGUGGAGCUGAUCUGGUCCCUGUUUGAAUAAGGGCAGACAUGUUGCAUGCCACCAGUGUGGUGUCAUCUGGCUGCAGAACUAAAUGCAUUUCAGACCUAUAGAUGCUGUAGUUGCCUUAAUUGUUUUAUUUUCCCUUAGAUACCAAAGAUGUUUUUUUGUUUUCUUUUUUUUAAUACACAUCAACAUACUUUGGUCCAUAUUUGUGGAUUAAAAAAAACAAAUGAAAAAUAAAAAUGGAAAAAUUG